CGUGACAGGUCGCCAGCCAACCACAAGGCACAAUAUGCACGAACAACCGUUCACACCACACUCACAUUCAUACCUAUGGACAAUUCACAUACAAGACAACAUUUUAAAUGCCGUGUAAUGAUUGAUUAAUCUUGAGGAUUAAGCUCGUUUCUUAACACGCCCAAACACCAUCCAUCCAUUCAAACGUAUGCUAGCAUAUGCUUUUGUCUAGUGUAUGUACCGGCAUGUACGAGCAACGUGUGACGUCGCGGUACUUAAAUUUUACCGAUAGGUGGCAGUAAUUGCAGUCGUAAAACAACCACAGAACAAGAAGUUACAGCUAGAAGCCGUGGAUCCACCGCCAUCUUGUGGCGGGAAUGUCUCUACACCAAAGGCAGAUUCGUGACUUAGAGCUCCGUUACAGUAUGAACAUUUUUGACAGACAAGAGUUGUAAUGAAAGCGAAACCGGAUUGUUUGUUAAACUUUCCUAAGAUUGUUUUGGAUAAACCAAGUGAUCAGCCUUCUACGAACGAACACAUACCGUAGCAGGUAAGCUCACAUGCUAGCUAGCAAGCUCGCUGAUACUCGUGCUAGCUUUAUGUUGCUGAGCCAGCCAUGGAUCCACUGAGCAUGGUGGAGGAUGAAGUGGCUUUGGAGGGUCUGGAUGGGAUAACGAUCCCCUCUCUGUGGAUACGACUCGAAGACAGGAAGCCAAAGUUCCCUCUGAAGCUCGACGACAGCACCAAAGAGCUCAUCUGGAAGUCACUGGUGGGCAAUAGUGAGCUGACAUUCUACCUGCUACCCACUGACCGGGAGGAUGUUGUGCUUUACGACAGAUUCCAAGACUCUCAGGAAACGGUGUCAUUGGAAGACAAGAAGGACGUCUACCCGCUGCACAUCCUCCAUGAGGAGAAGGAUGGGAUUCAGGGCUCGUGCGCAUUUUUCCACGAGAGGAAAGAUGUCACUUCACAUCUCCGCUCCCGGUCGCUUGGCCCGCUCGUCAGCUUGGAUGAUGCUUUUAAAAAGCACGGCAGGAAGCUUGUCAUCGUGGCGUCCCAGAUGCUUCGCUUCCGGGCGCUGAUCGGCAGCGAUAACGACCCGGACACCAAAUUGACGGACGAGUCCUACUGCAUGCUGGAGCGUGUGGGCCGGGGGCGCUGGCAGGGGGAGCUGCAGAAUGAAUUACAAAAGUCUUCCUUCAAGAUGGACUCCCGCAAGUUGCAUUACAUCAGGAAGUCUCUGGACCGACACGGGCUGGUGCGCACGCAGGCUUGCAACACUCUCCUCAAGUCCGGACAGCGCCAGAAUUCCAUUCACGUCAUGCUCAAACGCUUCCACGUCAUCAGGAGGUCCAAGUACGACUUGCUGAUGGAGUACGUGUCAGAGUUCCUCCAGAAGAUGCCCGGCCAACUGGCGGCAAUGGUCACCAUCCGAGAUCACUUUAAUCUCCCAGAAGUCACUUGCAAGCGCGUGUUUCAGUACAUGCGAGCGGCCAAGGUGGUGGACUAUUGCAGCAUGCCGCUGGAGGACUUGGAUAACGAGGGCGGACCCGUGGUGAAUCGGAGAGGCAACAAAGUGAUGGUGCGCUGCGUGAAACUCCUCAAGUCCUACGCAGGGGGGAAGAAUGCCGCCAUGGAAGACGAGGACGAGGAGGAGGACGAGGAGGAAGACGACAGAUCCACUUCCAAGAGGAGGGGUCGUCCGACGGGCCGAAUCAUGGAGAACGAUUUAAUGUUGCAGGCCUACCGUCUCAUUUUGUCCAGCGGGGCUAAUGGAAUCCCUCAGUCGGGCAUCUCGUCAAGGAUGAACAUCGGGAAUCUGGAAGCUCGCAUGCUGUGGCGAAAGAUGGAGAGGGACGGCAUCAUCAAGGGCUUCAUGGUCGACCAAGGUCGGCAGAGGAUCACAAAGUUCAUCAGUCACAGGUGUGUGGGUGGCAGCGACCACCUGCAGCUGUUUGCCAAAGAGAAGCAACGCAAAAACCUUUACGACUCUUCCGCGUCGGUGAUGUCGGCGAGUCCUUCUCCCCUCACACCGUCCACCUCCAAGCAGUCAGCCAAAUGUGGUGGAAAACCCCCACCAUUUAAGAAGAGCAGAAUGACAACGAGUGAAGGCGAAGAGGAAGAGGGAGAGAAGGUGGCAGGGGAACUGUGUUUUGAUGGAGGCGCAAGCGGAAAGAAAGUCUGCAGAAAGUCUAAAGGAGGCGCAAAGGCUGCAGAGAAAGGCAAGACGAGGAAGUCUGCAGCAAAAGAUAAUCCUGCUCAUAAGCAAGCCCAAACAGACAAUGAGGAGGCGGAGGAAGCUUCCAGCUCUCAGGGCCAGGAGAAGAAAGCGACAGACCCGGCUGUCAACAUUGCGGUUGUGGAUAUCUACAAGAGGCCGGUAUCAGGAAGCAUCCGCAGUGGUCAUGAGACCUACCGCCUGCUGAGGAGGAAGAACCUCAUCACUGAGGCGGUGCAUAAGCUCCAAGUCAUAGAAGGCCUGACCCAGCUCCAGAAGCUGAUCAAUAAUGAAGAGAAGGGUCAAGGAGUCACCACAAAAUGCUGCAAGAAGACCACGGCACGUCUUGUGCAGAAUUUGUCCAGAGAGGGCCUGCUUAAGAUGUUCACCACCACCGUCAUCCAAGACGGCAUCAGCAAGACGGUUGAGCUAAUUGUUCAUCCAACCAUUCAGCCUAGCAACAAAUUGGUGACUGCAGUCCUUGAUCAGGUCCGCUUCAGGAUCAGCAGCUCCUGCACCGUGACGGCAGGCCCGGAGGCCAGCCAAGAGCCAACUCCCAAAGUGGAAAAAGAAGAGCCGAGCAAAAGUUUUAGGAGCUUCAGCGAAAUCAAGGAAGAGUACUUGAAAGAGAAAAGUCGAGUUGAACCGCAAUUCAAGCCCAUAACAGUUCGAGGACUGGGGAAGACUUUGGGUUUCCAGCCGAAGAUGCAUCGCCUGCGUGUUUUUCACACAUUCCUCUGGUACGUCAUCUACGACCAUCCUGUGAUGAAAAGCUCCUCUGGACCAACAGCAGAUCCGCAGGAGGCUCCUGAGGCCGGCCAACCAGAAAACGCUCGGUCUGACACCAACCAAGGUGGCGGCCCCCCCGAGUCUAACGUGGAUUCUGCGUCACUUGGCGAUGAAGAACUGAUGGAUGUUUCUCCAGCAGGACCGUCCGAAUGUGAACCAGAAGUUUAUUUGGAUGAGGAUUCGUGGAAGAGGUUUGUCCCGCCUGUGCUCGUGCACAGAGAGAGAGGCAGUGGCUGGGUGAGGAUGAGGGACAUGCUCUUCUGCUUGCCGCUCUCCAUAUUCAUUCAGGUCAUACAGAUCAAUUACCAGGUGGAUGGCUUGGAAGAUUUUCUGAACGACCCCGUGAAGCAACACCUCCUGAUUAGGCAGCUGCCCCUGGAAAUGAGAAGAAAGCUCUUUUAUAAACGGAAAUACAUCUGGGUUGUCUUCCAGAACCUUCAAAGGUUGGUGUGCAUGGGGCUGGUGCACUUUGCUCCUGUGAUGAAGGCAAAAGAUAAAGUUCAGACAUCCUUUUACCUGAAGCGGAAUGCCACCAUCGUUGACACCAGCAACGCAGAGCCUCACUACUGGCUGGUCAUGGAACCCAGCGACAAGCCCUUUGAAAGACGCCGCUACACGUUUGUCACAGUGGAGGAUGUGGAAAGCUACUGGUUUGACCUCAUGUGUGUCUGCCUAAACACGCCACUGGGGCUAAUUCGACCAAAGAGAAGCGGCUCAGAAGAUGAGGUGACCCCUUCUUUUGUGCACGAGCGUAACGUGUUUGUCGGAAUGGCGUCUUUGCUCAAAGGCAGCAAUGAGCUGUGCGACGACGGCACGACACCGGGAGACGGUAAAGGAGCAGGAGGCCUGGACUCUGAAUUUUUCGCCCACCUGAAACGCAACUGGCUGUGGACCAACAGCCUGCUCCCCGUCACUGAAAAAAGUAAAGUGCGACUGAGGAGCCUGUUGAGCAAAGACUCGCUCAGGGCCGCACUGAGAGACGGCACGCUCAGACCUCGAUAUUUGACAGCCAAGAAACCUUUGGUCACCGAGGAGAAUGUGGAGGUGGCCAUGGAGUCCUCGUCCAGGAACCAGCAGGUGAUCGGAGGGAAGCGCCAGAGGAGGAAAAGGACCAAAAAGGAGGUCAUCAAGGUUCCUCGCAGAAAGAAGAAAGAGCCCAAGAAGCGCACCCGCUCUCACGACGAGGCCGACCAUCGAGCGCUGAAAAUGAUGACCAGGCAGCGAGUCAACUGGACCGUGCCGGAGGACUCCCUGCUGAUGCUUUGCAACGUGGCGUCACAUGUGCUCAACAGCAAGUUGAGAAGGACCUUUGUUGGCCACUGCGUGGUGCGAGACCUUCUCCAGGUGGAGUUUGAGAUCUCUGAGGACAAAACGUCGCUGGCCGUCGGGCGGCGCUCUCGCUACAUCCUCAAGAAUCCUCAGGCUUUUCUCAACUUCAGGAUCUGCUUAGCUGAGGUCUACCAGGAUGAAGAUUUGAUGAAACUUUUGCAAGACAACAAGCCAUCUGAUCCCAGUAAUGUAGAGGAUUGUACGAAAUCCUUCCUGGAGUACGUCAGGCUUCUCAGACAGAAGCUGCGUCCGCUACCGAAUGCCGAGGCUGUGAAGAUGCCCGACAGCAAACAUCAGCUUUUCUCACAGUUUAAAGUGUCUUCGAUACACACGAGGAAGGAGGUUCCCUGCAAAGACACGCUGAGCAACACAACCGAUAUUCACAGUAUCGGGUUACACAACCUGAUCCAGAGCACACUGGCCAUGACCAACUACCAGAUGAAGUACUCCCGAUCCUUCCAGACCUUCCACGUGUACAGUAAGUACCAACAGGAUCUGCUCUGCAAAGUUUUCAUCCAGUGCCGGAUGCGCAGCCUCGUCAACCGCAGACGCGUCUGUCAUAAGAUCGGUCCCCAGAAGAACAGGGCGGUGCCUAUCCUGCCCAUGUCCUACCAGCUCUCCCAGUCCUACUACAGGUUGUUUUCCUGGCGUUUUCCACAUUCCCUGCUCACCGACUCAUUCCGCUUCACAAGGACUCUACUCAACAACGGUGCAGAUGACAGGUCUUUGGUUUCGUUCCACCUCGAGACCAAAUCCAGGAUGGAAAGCGGGGCGUACGCGUCGGAGGGACCGCCCGCUGCGGGCGAGAAUCAAACCCAAGAGCAGGCAGAGAAGCGAGACGCAAGCGGAGGAGAAUGCGACCAAGCCAAUAGUGGCAAAACACUAUCGCAGGAUCUUUCCGGAAUGCUCUGCUUUGGUCUGGACUCUCCCGGGGGCGCCUGUAUGGUGUCCCUCACACUGAUGAGCCUGGGAUUGCUGUCGGUGCACCUGUCCGUCCCUAAGCAGAUGGUGGUGGUGGACAGCAACAUGGUGGACGCUGACAUCAAGAGCAUGGUGUCCCUGGAGGAAGAGGAGGACGAUAACGAGGAUGGUGACGAGUGUGCAGGCAAGAAGAGGAUGGAAGUGAAAGCUCAUCAGGCGUCACACACCAAGUAUCUUCUGAUGAAAGGAUACUUUGCUCCUGGCAUUGUCAAGCUGCGCAACCUGAACACCAACGACAGCAUCGUGGUGGAGUCGUGUUUGAUUGGCAUGCGGCUGAGAAACACGCCGGCCCACAGCAUCCUGACGGACGACAGUGUCCCGCCCCUGGACUUUUCCAAAUGCGGCCCCUCUCUGCUGCCGUCAAUCCUCAGCCGCUCUGUCCCACCCGCCUCCUCCCAGUGUGAUGCUGGUCUGGUGCAGCAGAGAGGGUACACCCCUGAGGAUGUGGCAGCGUGUGCUGAGCUGAGGACGAGCCUGGAUGAAGCGGGUGAAAAGGGAGUGCACCAACAGGACUUGUUUGAAAUGUACGCUCACCUCUACCGGCGCCAGUCUGGACGCAGCAGGGGCCUGCAGCAGUACCUGGAGGACUUACAGGAAGAAGGCCAGGUCUUAAAAGUCGGCAGCUGUGGCGCUCGCUGGGUGCUCAUGAAGCAUGCCGAGCCCUGGAUCCUGACCGUCAGCUCCAGGAACUGGUCUCUACCGAACACACCUGUCCUCCAUCGUCCCUCUCAGCACAACAUCCCCUUCAUGCGCAAGAGACACAGACACCGGAGCGGUGAGGAGGAGCCGCCGGGAAAGAAGGCAGCUGUGAGAAGUGAAGAAGGCCACAGAGGCGAGAAGAUGAGCGAGGAGAAGCUAGAAGGCGAGGGAGAGGAGGAGACUGAACAAGAGAAGAGGGCAAAGCCGGCUGGAAAAUGUGAGGAACACUGCGAGGACAAGAUGGAUGAGGAUGAAAGCGAAGAAGGAGAAGCAACACAAGCCCACCUUCACGAGGAAAAUAUCAGCUUCGUGAGUCGACCUUGGCGCCUGGUGGACGGAACAGUGAACCGGCAGGUGUGUAAAGGGAUGCUGGAGGGCGUCCUCUUCCACAUCAUGUCCUGUCCUGGAAUCAGUCAGCAGAUGCUGGUGGAAUACUACCAGGGCGUGCUGCAACCAGUGGUGUUGAUGGAACUCGUGCAGUCCCUCAUAGAACUAGGCUGUCUGACAGAGAAGACUCUGGUCAAAAAGCCGAAAGCCACACUGUUCAGCCGCCCCGUCCCAGCAGCUAGGAGCGAGGCGGAGCCAAUGACAGUGGAGCGAGACUGCGUGUUUUAUGAACCCACCAUUAGCUGCUGCCUGAGACUUGCUCAGGUGCUGCCCAACGAACGCCAUUGGAACCAUUGUACAUAAGGUGUUUUUUUUUGUUUUAACUUCACUGAACUUAAGUUUUGAAUUAAAUUGCAAUUAAAAUGACUGGUGCUGUA